CGGGGCUCAGACCGCGGACCUGGAGCUGCAGAGGCUCGUCAUAGAGACAGCGGCCCGGGGACACCCGCAGAGACACCCCGGACAUGGUGCGACCGGAGCGGGGGACAAAGAGCAGAGGUCUGCGGAGCAGGGAGAGCAUGAUCUACAGCUUUCUUAUUGUUCGCCACGGCCAUGGAAGGAAUAUAAAGUAUUUGAAGUAGAAGGACAAUGCAGACAGGACAGACAUUCUUGGAGACGUUGCCUGGCACCGCAGUAAACAACACUGAUCUAGCUGUCACAUUGCCGGAGCUGAGUGAGAAAACCGGAUUGUGAUCUCACCUUUAGAGAGUGAAGUCUUGUCUUACUUUUCCAGGAUACAUAAUACGUGUGAUGGAACUUCCAACACUUUACUACGAAAAGAAUGUAUUCUGUCCAGAACCACUGCAAAAAAAAGGCAAAUUCAAGAUACCGGCUCAUAACAUCUCAUCCCCUGUGACUGAAUUUCACCCAUCAAGUCAGCGUUCUUUAAGAUGUCAGGAAAUAUAUAUUCAGAAUGUAGCAGGUGGCCUUCAUUUCUCUAAAGAGGUGAUAAAGGAUAGAGGGCUGGCGAGUCUGUCUUACCAAGAGUGGGACUCAAAAGAUGUGUACAAUGCCUCAAAUGUUAUUCAACAAAAGAGAAUAAGAACUCUCUCAAAAAUACGACCAAAGCAGCACAAACUAAUCCCAACAAAUCACCACGUUGGUCAUGUCGAAACACCUGGCCCAUUCAAAAAACUAAAAGCAAAAAGUUGCAUAGGCUUCGAAAGUAGUCUAUGGAGGAAACAUGAAGAGGAUGAACAAAGACAAGGUAGCCUGUCCCAUUUAACUGUGGAGAACCGGAAGCCGAAAACUUUUUUAACAGAGGAAGCCACAAUAUUGACUCAUAGAAUGAAGGUGCCACAUGAAGAGACCCGUUCAGCGUCACAUACCAUGCCUGACGACUACACGGAGGUUCUGCUGAAGAAGCUGACAAAACCUACAGCUCAGCGGAUUGUGGGUCACCAUAUAGAAAGCAAGGGUGCCAAGGAAAGGCUCUCCAAAUCCUACGGCUUGACUAAGUCCACCGAGCUCAUAAAUGAUGAUCACAUGACUGAAGAAGACUUGACAACCUUCAAAGAGCUACAAACGUAUAAACCAAAGGAGCGCAAAGAUAUCACGGAAGAGCAUAAACCUGAGACACUUCUUCCAGUCUUCUACAAGAUUCCAGGUUAUCUAUCUCCUCAAAAACAAGUGCAAGAUGUCGGUGGCAAAAACAAGACGGCAGAUUCUUUAGCCAUCAAGCAUUUUGAGUUGCCGCCGCCUUUGAGUCUUCAGGACCUGAUGAAUCCCAAGGCUGGAAAAUAUUUCUAUGCCACGGAAAAUGAUUUUGAGAGAGAGCUUUACUCAGGGGUGGGUAAAAUUAUCCACCAAAAAGACACAAAACAAAAGAACUGCAUUAUUAUGGACAGCAACAGCUCAUAUGAAAAGCAUGUCCAGCAGUCAGUGCCCAGAUCUUAUAAGGAAUGGAUGGCUUCUGAUGGACAAACAGAUAUUGAGCGGCCUUGGAGACCUAAAAGAGGAGCCCUUCGUUGGGUGGCCCUUCCAACAGUGGCUCUGGAUAAGAAAGAACGAAGCCCGCAGAAAGAGACGUCAACAAAUGUGCUUAGCGACGGAGACACAGAGCCUAAGGAUAUAAAGCCUGGUCCAUUAACUAAGAAACAGGUUCUGCAGAAUAUUGUGACUCAAUGGAGAAGUGCCUGGUUGUUAAGUGUACAUUGGAAAGAUGCCACCCUGGAGCAGCUUACAAGAGAUCUUGGUAAUAUACACAACAGCCAUAAAAUCUCAGCUCUCAUAACCAUCGCUUCUUCAGCCAUUGAAGCGCUCCGACAGAUUGCAUUUCCUCCAGAAAUACUAAAUCUAGUCUCCAGCGCACUGCAAGAGGAGGAUGAUCUUGUAAAGAUGGCAGCUGCCCUGUGUCAGUAUUUUAUGCGGGAAGUAAAUGAGGAAGCAAGGAAGAUCAUGUUCAAGUCCCUCGAAAGCGGGACAGAUGCAGAUAGCUGGGCUGCUGCUCAGUGUCUUGCUUUGGAAGGUAAUCACAGUUAUCUUGUCAUAAAGCGGAUCCUCGAUCAGAUGUUUGCAGCAACCAACAAAGAAACAGAGAGGCAGGCACUUUAUAUACUACAUGAACUAAGUAAACACACAAAACUGAUCCACGCCAUGCUGGGGGAAGCACUAAACAGUGGCAACUGGGGAGAAAGAGUUAUGUCCUGCAAAGCGCUAUCUACCCUGCAUGGGAACAUAAGCCAAGGAGUGAAAGACAAACUAAGCCAUCUGAUGUGGAAUGACUGGAGCCCUGCUGUACGAGGGGCAGCCGCCAAGGCACUGGGCAAGCUGGAUCAGGGGAAGGAAGUACAUGACCAGAUAAGAAAGCACUUGGAGAGCGAUAGCUGGAAGAAAAAGGUAGAAGCCUUAACUCUCAUUGGGUUCCUCCAAAUCAUGACGGCCCAGCUGCUCCCCGGAUUCCUGCAGUGCUUUCACGAUGACUUCUUAGCUGUUCGCAGGCAGGCCUGUCGGACGGCCGGAUUACUUCAGAUUAAAGAUGACAUGGUCAUGAAUUGCCUCUAUCAACUAGUUCGGAAUGAUCCAGUAUGGAAAAUCAAAGCGCAUGCAAUCAAAGCUUCAGGUAAAAUUGGGCAUUUAACACCACGGGUGAAGGAACUCCUGUUGUGGGCUAUGCGGGUUGAAGAGCCAGGGGUAAGGAUAGAAGCCUAUCGCUGCAUUGCAUCACUGAAUUUGCGUGACUUUGAAAUUCAACACGCACUUCAAGACAGAUUGAUACUGGAGUCCGAGGAGCUCGUCCGCAGUGAGGUGAGACAUACGUUGACCGCAUUAAACUUGGCACAUAAUGGGAAUCAGGAUAUGAUGUCACAAGUCAAGCAUCAGUUAUCAAAACUGUGUCAGAAGGAAGUGUUGUUCCCCAAAGUACUGAAGAUGGGUGAGGAUCUGUCUUUAGGAGAAACAAAGCUGGAACAAAUAUUGCUUAAGACCCCUAACUGCAAGAACAAGACACGAGAACAAGAGAUUUUCUGGGAUAAUGUGGGCAAGGAAACGUCAGGCCAAAGCUGUCCAUCCGUGAUGUCUGGAAUGGAAUACAAAAGUACAGACUCCGAGCUGCAGGUACUAAUGGAGAGCGAAUCGAGGCCAUCAUCUCCACGGACUGUAAACCCUUUACAUGUCGCCUCUGAGCUGUCAUUUACUACAGCAGGAACAAGACCGAGCACAGAUAGGUCUCAUUGUAACUAGAAUUAGGCCAAGUGUAAAAUCACUUUCUAAAAUAAAAAUUGAUAAAACUACAACUCCCAGCACAGUGUAUAGAGCAGUGUUUCCCCAACCAGGGUGCCUCCAGCUGUUGCAAAACUACAACUCCCAGCACAGUGUAUAGAGCAGUGUUUCCCAACCAGGGUACCUCCAGCUGUUGCAAAACUACAACUCCCAGCACAGUGUAUAGAGCAGUGUUUCCCAACCAGGAUGCCUCCAGCUGUUGCAAAACUACAACACCCAGCACAGUGUAUAGAGCAGUGUUUCCCAACCAGGGUGCCUCCAGCUGUUGCAAAACUACAACUCCCAGCACAGUGUAUAGAGCAGCGUUUCCCAACCAGGGUGCCUCCAGCUGUUGCAAAACUACAACUCCCAGCACAGUGUAUAGAGCAGUGUUUCCCAACCAGGGUACCUCCAGCUGUUGCAAAACUACAACUCCCAGCACAGUGUAUAGAGCAGUGUUUCCCAACCAGGAUGCCUCCAGCUGUUGCAAAACUACAACACCCAGCACAGUGUAUAGAGCAGUGUUUCCCAACCAGGGUACCUCCAGCUGUUGCAAAACUACAGCUUCCAGCACAGUGUAUAGAGCAGUGUUUCCCAACCAGGGUGCCUCCAGCUGUUGUAAAACUACAACUCCCAGCACAGUGUAUAGAGCAGUGUUUCCCAACCAGUGUGCCUCCAGCUGUUGCAAAACUACAACUC